UAUUGUGCUUUCAUAGUGUGUCACUCGAAUGAAACGGUUGUGUCUUGCACCAGUUGAUAAUACAUUGCCAAAAAUAAUAAAAGUCUUUUACAUUAAAUGGACAGUUAUUUCUACGCGUAUUCAUAAAUGAAAUAGUUGCAGUGUUUUGCUAGUAAUUGCUUAUUUUAUUCAAUUAUUGUUGUUUUUAAAAUGGAAAAGGUUAAUACGUUAUCACAAAAUGUAGACGUUAAUGAUAAACAUGCAGCUGAUCUGGACCAAGCGCUAUCAGUCGCUGGUUUUGGUUGGUACAAUGUAAAAUACUGUUUGACGUUGGCGUUGUUUCUAAUCUCCGCCAUCAUAGAGCCAGUUGGAUACUCGUACCUGCUACCUGCUGCUAAAUGUGACUUAAAUAUGUCAGAUUCUCAGCGAGGAAUAAUUUCUUCAAUCCCAUAUUUAGGCGUUGUUUUGACUUCAUUUCCGUGGGGUUACUUAGUAGACACACGAGGCCGAAAGAAAAUGAUCAUAUAUAGUUCACUAGGCGUCGGCGGCUUCAGCGUACUUUCCGCGUUUAUGCCUGAAAUGAUCAGUUUUACUAUAUGCAAAACUCUCAGUGCAAUCUGCUUAGCAUGCCCAGCAGCAGUCCCUUACACUUUUAUCGGAGAAAUAAUACCACUGAAAUAUAGAGAUGUCACGCUAUCAGUCACAAACGCGUUACAGAUCAUGGGAUCUGGUUUAGUACCACUCUUGGCUUGGGGUAUUUUGCCUCUUGAUUUCAGAGUGGACUUUGGAGCAUACGAAUUCAGAUCCUGGAGACUUUUGUGUAUAGCUUACGCGUGCUUUUUCUUCUUAAGCACGUUCUUGUUGAGUUUCGGGCCGGAGAGUCCCAAGUAUCUUGUGUCCCAAGGAAAACAUGACGAGGCCUUGAAAGUAUUGCAAAUUAUGUAUGCGGAAAAUAAAGGAAAAUCGCCUGAUACAUAUCCAGUGAAAAGACUAAAUAUGCCCACCGUUAAUAAGGAAAAAACCAGUUUUUUAAACUCACUCAAGGUGCAAACAUUGCCAUUAUUAAAACCCCCAUAUUUUAAGUGGUUGGUACUUAAUGGAUUCCUGCUCUUCGGUAUAAUGGCAUCUCUAAACGGUCUAUACAUGUGGGUACCAGAUGUAUUAAACCGAGUAUUCAGCGGCAGCGGUGGUAAUCAGCUGACCGCGUGCGGUGUUAUCGCUCAGCGGGUCGAGGCAGCCACCGACGACACUGUCUGCGACGAUACGAUUGAACCUAUAACUUUUAUAAUUAACUCUAUAUCUAGUACAAGUUGUGCUUUGAUUGCGGUUUUUGUUAGUGUCCUAGUGAAAUUCAUAGGCAAGAAAACGUUAUUAAUUGCCGUGUACUUUAUAAUCGGGACGUUCUGUAUACUGAUUAACUUCGUCACAGAGCAAUUUGUGUUUGCUACUCUUCUGUCGUCGCUCACUUUGACCGGUCUAGGGUUGGGACCCGUAAAUGCUUUUACGGUACAAAUAUUCCCUACCCAUUUAAGAGGAAUGGCUGUAAGUUUAACAAUGAUGUUAGGGCGAUCGGGCUCAGUGAUUGGAACAAACGUUGCGGGACUCAUGAUUAAUGCAGCUUGUGAAGCAACUUUCUAUUCGUUUGGUGGAUUACUGAUAUUGUGUGGACUGCUAGCAUUUAUAUUGCCAAGGGCACAACCACCAGCGAUAUCUAAGAAGACCUAUUCAGUUCGUCUAUGAACAUUCAUUUUGAAUCAAGUUUCGUCACUUGGUUCAUUCAACUUGGUUCCGUUUCAUAUUAUCUUUUCUGAGAAAAUCCGAGUACGUUAAAAAACGACAAAGCUCUUUAAAAAAUAUAUAUAUAGUACGUAUUUAAAAGGUGUAAAAGUUUAACAAAUCUAACCUAAACCCACUGAUAUACUUAUGAAAUUGGAAUACUCUCUAAAAAGUACAGGGCACAUAAAAAUAUUUUCAAAUAGCAUGUUCUUUAAUUGGAUGCAAUAGACGUGUAUCAAACAUUAGAUAAAUAUUUGCACCAUGUACCUGAGAAUCAGUACUCUCAUAUACCUGUAGGCAGAUUGCAAUCUUGACGCGCUGAAGAUAUGUCACUCCUUUAAGAGUGCGGCAACGUCUUAAUUAUUUAUCAGUUAAUUUCUAAAAUUUAAAAUUUCAGUAAGCAAUAAUUAUGCUCUUAUUAAAUGCUAAAGAAAUCUAUUCAGCCACUAAUCAAAGCUAUUUUGUAGAGUUGUAUAAAUUGAUAUUAAAUGUCAAUUUAAUCGUUUGUUCAAAUUAACGUGAUUUUUUAAAAAAGGGCACAUUAUCCCUUUGUAAAUAUUAAACGUUGGACUUUAGAAAGAGAUCAUUGGAUAGGAUUCACUUUCUAAAGCGUUACCUCUGCCAUUCAGAUCGUACAUGCGUGUGAAUGACAUGUACGUAAUGUUAUAUGUAUGUAAGCUUUUCUUCAUGGACAGGUUUUAGCUUGCUAACUACCUCCUGUGUCUAAAAACUUUCUCUCCGCUCUUUACCCUGAAGUUGCUUUUAAGUAAAUAAAGACGGAAUGGUGAACACGCUUAUGCUAAAGGUAUACAAAGGCGGAGCACUAGUUGAGGAUGAAGCCAGGUCAGUUGGCCCAUUAUGGCGAAUUCAGCAAUAAUUAACCACGAUGGUUGGGGGGAAAGGGAUUAUUAGUAAUGGAGACUGAGAAUCCUAUUGCUAGCAUUAUACCCAACCAGGUCGACCUCCUCGCGGUUCCCCCUAGAAACUAUCAUGGUUAAUUCCUGAUGAAUUCAUCAUGCUGGGCUAACUGGCCUAUUUUCAUUCUCAUCUAUCACCCCUCACUGGUGCUCCGUCAGUGUAUCCCGUUAGCGCAAGCAGGGUUACCAUACCAUUUUCACCCAUAAAAAAACCACGAUGGUUUCUAGGAGAAAUCGUAGAGAUGAACCUGUCGGGGAAUGUUACUAGCGAUGAAGACUAAUGUUCCCAUUACUAACAAUCCUCCCCCCCCCCCCCCGGUCCUCAUGUGAGCGCCAGACAAUUGUAAGAUGCACCUAUAAGCUUUAAAUAUGCUAUUUAAUUAUUAUUAUAUAGAUUAUCUUUCUAAAGUUUGACGUGUAAUAUGUUUUGUGAGGUACAAUAUAAUGUUUAGUAUGUACCUAUACUUACACACUGUGAUUAUAGUUAGGUAGUCCUUUAAUUAUAGAUAAUCCACAUUAAAAUAUUUUUCAAAUAUUCUAUUUUUUUUAAUAAUUUUUAGAUUUCCUUUACCGUGCUGCAGUAUUUUGCAUAUCAUUAUCCC